AUGUGGUCCGGCAAGAAGGCUUUCUCCUUUUAUGUUAUGGUUUUCAUUACUAUCGGUGACUUCGUCAAUUGUGAAGCUUGGAAUUACCGCUACAAGUUUUUUGUGAAAGAGUCUCCCUACACAAGACUCUGCAAAACAAAGAAGAUUUUGACAGUGAAUGGACAAUUUCCUGGGCCAACUCUGUAUGCUCACAAAGGAGAUACAAUAAUUGUUGACGUUCACAACAAAGCAAAACAAAACAUCACCCUUCACUGGCAUGGAGUGAAACAACAAAGGUAUCCAUGGUCAGAUGGUCCUGAAUACGUCACACAGUGCCCCAUCAAACCGGGCCAUAAGUUUAGCCAGAAAGUCAUAUUUUCUGCCGAGGAGGGGACUCUAUGGUGGCAUGCUCAUAGCACCUGGUCACGCGCCACCGUCCACGGUGCCAUUAUAAUCUACCCCAAGACUGGCACUUCCUACCCUUUUCCCAAGCCCCAUGCAGAAGUGCCCAUCAUAUUAGGAGAGUGGUGGAAAAAAGAUGUGAGGAAGGUCUACGAGGGAUUGCUUGCGACAGGAGGUGAGCCAAAUGUCUCGGACGCUUUCACUAUAAAUGGACAGCCUGGUUUGCUAUACCCAUGCUCAAAGCGCGAAACCUACAAGCUAAAAGUUGUCUAUGGCAAGACUUACCUGCUACGCCUUGUAAACGCUGCAAUGAACGAGGUUCUCUUCUUCUCCAUCGCCAAACACAAUCUCACAGUAGUUGGAGCUGAUGGAAGCUACACCAAGCAAUUAACCAACAAUUACAUCGUCAUAUCCCCUGGCCAAACACUUGAUUGCCUCUUCCAUGCCAACCAAAAGCCUGAUCACUAUUACAUGGCUGCAAGAGCUUACUCCAGCGGCGUUAACGUCAGUUUCGAUAACACAACCACCACAGCAAUUCUACAUUACAGUGAUUGCUACGCUACAUCCUCGUCUCCUUCCUUUCCUUAUCUUCCCUACUAUAACGAUACCACUUCAGCUUUUAAUUUCACUGGCCGACUUAGAAGCUUGGCUAAUGAAGAUCAUCCAAUCUCCGUCCCUUUAUACUUGACUAAGCGAUUGAUAUCCACCAUUUCAGUUAACAGUUUUCCAUGCUAUCCAAAUGGAACAUGUCAGGGACCGAAUGGGACACGAUUGUCUGCGAGCAUGAACAACAUAAGCUUUGUUAACCCACCAAGAUUAGAUGUUUUACAAGCUUACUAUUAUCAUGUCCAUGGGGUUUAUGGGAAACGUUUCCCUAGUUUUCCGCCAUUUGUGUUUAAUUUUACUGCAGAUUAUCUGCCAUUGAACCUACAGACGCCGAUACAUGGGACAGAAGUGAAAUUUCUGAAGUAUAAUUCGAUGGUGGAGAUGAUUUUACAGGGCACGAAUUUGGUUGCAGGGAUCGAUCAUCCUAUGCAUCUGCAUGGGUACAGUUUCUAUGUUGUUGGGUGGGGAUUUGGUAAUUUUGACAAACAUAAAGACACCUUGAACUUUAAUCUUGUGGAUCCUCCCUUUCUGAACACUGUCAUGGUCCCCAGGAAUGGCUGGACUGCAAUCCGAUUCAAGGCGAACAACCCUGGAGUUUGGUUUAUGCACUGUCAUUUUGAGCGUCACCUUACAUGGGGGAUGGACACGGUGUUUAUAGUGAAAGAUGGGAAGGGCCCUGGGGCAAGUAUGCUACCACCACCACCAGACAUGCCACCUUGUUGA